UAUAGUCUAAUCACUAAAUUUUCACUAUGUUAAUGUUACUACUUCACUUGAACUCAACAACCAGGGAUUCCUAUCUUUUCGUUUCACUGUCUUCAGUUUCUUAACACAACAACCACACCACUUACCUCGCCGGAGACUCAACAAAAUGGAAGAACUUCCGGUGCCGGAAGUACAAAUAAACGGUGGAGCAACAACUGCAACACUAAACCCUUCUGAACCUCACGGAUCGAAGCGCCAACGAAGACCAAGCGUCCGAUUAGGCGACAUCGGAGACCAACCCUCAGAUUCCCACUCUCGCCGCACCACAAAACCAUGGCGAUUCGGCAUCAGCAACAACAUCUCAGGUAAACCCUCAAAGACUCGUCCUCUCACCAAUUUAACUUCCGUUUCCGAUUUCGACGAAACACAAGAAGGCGAAGAAGAAGAAGACAUAGAAGCCAACACCGAUGGAGUAAUCAUUGGUAGCUGGAAAGUUAAAAAAGGUUCGAAAAGACCUCGAUCGAAUUGGAUUUCUUCACGAAUCGAUAAAGGCGAAGAAACUGUUGAUAAUGAUAAUGAUAAUGAUGAUGUUUAUGAAGAUUUUGAAGGUGAUAAUUCGGGUAGAUCAAUUCAUUCUUCAGAGAAUUUGGGGGAUUUUGAUGUUAGGGAUAGAAAUGAAGAUGGUGGAAGAGGUAGUUGUGGUGAAGAUGGUGUUAGAAUUUGGCUUAAUGGAUUAGGUUUAGGUCGUUAUGCACCUGUUUUUCAAAUUCAUGAAGUUGAUGAUGAAGUUUUACCUUUGUUAACACUUGAGGAUCUUAAAGAUAUGGGUGUUAAUGCUGUUGGUUCUAGAAGGAAAUUGUAUUGUGCAAUUCAAAAGCUUGGGAAGGGAUUCUCUUAAGUUUCUUUUUUUGGUUUUUUUUGUUUUUUUUUUGUUUUCACCACUAGUAUCCGGCUCACUGGGUUUUAGAGUCAGUUCUGGCAUCAAGUGAUUCUAGUCCCCUCCUGAUCACAGUUCCGCAGAUCAAACUGUGGUCCUCCCUACAAAGCCGGUUUUUGUUGUAACCUUAUAGUCAUAUCAUGUCAAGGUGCCGAGUUCAAAUUAUCUCGGAAACAGAAUGGUUGUAAAAUAAUCAUUAGUGUUUUAUAUUCAUAUAAUGUACUACUAGUAGUUUGGGAAAAUUGCCAACAUUGCAAAAUUAAUAUUAAUGCAAUUCAUAUCUUAACUCUUACAUAACUUGUUUUAGGCUUUUUUGGAAUGGUCAAGUUCUUUUGAGUUUAAUUCUAGGUGUAUGUAACAUUUAUGAGUGAAGGGAAUGUAUGUUAUAUGAGGAAGAAAUUGUUGAAGAGUUGUUUGUUUGAUUUCUCCAUUUGGUAAGAAAUGAUUAAUGUUGAAUGUGGCUA